AUGGACGAUGUGGCCGGAGGGUCGCCGUCAGCCGCCCAGCCGGUGGCAGAAGGUGAAGCACAAAGGGCCCCCCACACAAACAAGAGAGUGAAGAUCCUCAAACGUUCCUUUGCGGAAACCGCAACAACCCACCCCAUGCUAGACGAUGACCAGAUGGCUGAAGUAACGGACGAUGACUGGCUGGGUGAUGGCUUCGUGGUGGAACCUGACAAAGCAACGGAGGAUACGAGAGAUGGCAUCCCAGUUGCGAAGUUUUCCAAGGCCUUCCGGGAAGAUCUUGUGAAACCUUGGCGUAAGGCGCUUAUUAUCAAGUUUUUAGGGAAGCCACCGGCCUUCCCUCUCUUGAAACAAAGACUGAUCAAACUGUGGAACAUCAAUGAAAAGGUGGAGAUGAUAGACAUCGGCUAUAGUUACUACAUCAUCCACUUUAACGUGGCCUCUGAGUACAGACACGUCCUCCUUGAUGGGCCAUGGAAGUUGUUUGGUUGUUAUGUCAUCCCGCAAAGAUGGAGACUAAACUUCGAUCCCCAGACUGCUAAAAUGGAGAAGAUGACUGUGUGGGUUCGUCUACCGGGCCUAGGAGCGGAAUACUACCGCGACGACGCAGUUAAAAAUAUCCUCAACCACGUGGGAAAUCCGAUCAAACUUGACAGAUGCACAUCGGGUAUUGAUCGUGGCAUGUUCGCACGAGCGGCUGUUGAGAUAGAUUUAUCGAAACCUCUUGUCUCGAUGAUAUGGGUUCUCGAUCGGAUCCAAAAGGUGGAGUUUGAAGGCCUGCAUACCAUAUGCUUCACAUGUGGAGAAGUAGGCCAUGUCUCCAACCACUGCAAUCUGAACAAGCCGCCGGAACAGAACAUUCCGGACACCAAUCCUACGUCGGAGAUGAACGUCAACGACACUGGGAAGAAAUCCAAGAUUGAUAGUCGCAAUCCUCCAAAACAGACUACUGCAAAAACCAGGCCUAAAGAGUCAACUAAUAAAGGCAAAAGGGUGGUGGUUGACGUCGAACCGGAAACCAGUAAGACGGCAGCUGCGCGAGGGAAAUCCAAAAAGACAUCCCCUCCGGUGAACAAGGAGAUUGACGAUUUGCAUGAAACUCCCAUCUUCCUGGAAGGGGAUCCUAGUGGGAAGCAAAAAACCACGAAGAAACCUCCGAGAAGCAGAAGAGGCAAGCCACAAAAAAACAUGGAAAACUCUAAGCAGACUAAUGCCGUGAAGGAUAACCAACCAGUUCCUCAGCCUACCCAGAGAUCUGCUGGUGGUUUUGUCUUUGGAAUGACGCAACAUAACAACUCCAAGGAUAUCAGCUUGGAAAAAACUACAGACGGGAGACAAAGCACAGUGCCCAAUACUCCCAUUUUGACGACGCUUAAGGAAGGUGGUGUCCUAACUUCCUUGUCCCCUCAACCCCCUAUAUGA